UGAUUGAUUUUGAAUAUUCUUUCUUGCCUUCACCUUUAUAUACUCUCUCUUCUGAAGCUUUAAGAUCUGUGUGAAAUCGAAUCGGAGAAGAGAUGACGGACGAACACAAACACAAACACGACGAACCUGUAACCGCUUCGGAGCCAGCUGUUGAGGUUGUGGAGAGGGAAUCGCUGAUGGACAAGAUCUCGGAGAAGCUCCACCACGGUGGCGAUUCUUCGUCGUCAGAUGACGACGACAAGAAUAAGUCUUCCGACUCUUCGUCUUCAAUGAAAUCGAAAGUUUACCGCUUGUUCGGAAGGGAGAAGCCUGUCCACAAGGUCCUCGGCGGUGGAAAACCGGCGGAUAUAUUCAUGUGGAAGAACAAGAAGAUGUCUGGUGGUGUACUCGGCGGUGCUACAGCCGCUUGGGUUCUCUUUGAGUUGAUGGAGUACCACCUUCUCACACUCCUCUGCCACGUCAUGAUUGUUGUGCUCGCUGUGUUGUUUCUCUGGUCUAAUGCCACCAUGUUUAUCAACAAGUCUCCACCGAAGAUUCCUGAAGUUCAUAUCCCUGAGGAGCCUAUUCUCCAGCUUGCGUCUGGGCUUAGGGUUGAAAUCAAUAGAGGCUUCUCUUCUCUUCGUGAGAUUGCAUCUGGAAGGGAUCUUAAGAAGUUUCUUACUGCUAUUGCUGGCUUGUGGGUUGUGUCGAUCUUGGGUGGCUGGUUCAAUUUCUUGACAUUGGCAUACAUAGCUCUUGUGCUGCUCUUCACGGUUCCUCUUGCCUACGACAAGUUCGAGGACAAAGUCGACCCGUUAGGUGAGAAAGCAAUGAUAGAGAUCAAGAAGCAGUAUGCAGUGUUGGACGAGAAGGUGUUGAGCAAGAUCCCAUUGGGCCCGUUGAAGAACAAGAAGAAAGAUUAGGUUUUUACGAAAAUGGUAAUUCGUCGAUAGCAAAAAAAGAACACGGUGUUGUGAAAUGGUGUCGAAGCUAUGUGUUAGAUCUUUUAAUAUGUUAUUUGGUUUUUGUCAUUGUUGGUGAAGAGAUGAUACAGUUAGUGUUGUCUCUCUCUCUCUCUCUCUCUCUCUCUCUCUCUCUCUCUCUCUCUCUGUAUAACUUAAGAAUUUCAAGAUAUUUAAAUUUUCAACUUUUCA